AUGGAAAAUCAGCAUCUGUCUGAAGAAGAACUCUCUGAUUGGGAACAAAUUCAAGCAAGCGAAAACGACACAGAAGUAUCUGUUUUCCCACCUAGAAAUCAUGAAAACUUGCCUACUACAAACCCGCAGGACAUCGAUCAACAUUUGCAACAACAACAAGAACCCAUAAAUUCGACAGACGAUGAUGGUGUCGGGAGAUGGAAAAGGCUGCGUUUGGAAAUGCAUAACGCGAUUCUCUGGAUAUCUGGAAAGCUCGGAAAAUAUUUCACUAGCAAGAAAGUUGGAUUACAGACAGCGAGUGGGGUUGCUUGUUUGGCGAUGGUUUAUCUUUUGCACAGAAGAGUUUUGGUGUGGUGGCAGAGAAGAAUGCCGAUAGGCAGUCGCAAGGAGAGGUUGAUGGAGCUUAUAAGACAGAAAGACGAGAAAAUCAACCAGCUUUUACUCCAAAUUGCCGAAAUGAACGAAAUUUUACAUGCUCGCCGGAGGGUCCGAGUCAUUUGGCCAACAAAUGUCGAGCCUGAACUGCUGCCACAACUGGAGCCCGAACCACAUCUCGAGCCCGAACCACGAGAAGAACCCGAUCCGCGAGUGAGGCCUAGUGAACUACAAGGUGAGUCUCAUUUCCUAUCUGAAGAGAAUAGUGGUCUGGGGCAGCACACUCGUUUUCAGGGGUUGGCGAAUAGAAAAAUUGUACCUAGUGGUUUCAUGGAUGUGGGGAUCCUUCGACGGAUAGGGAUGUUGGAAGAUGUGAUAAGUUUGUUCGACACACAAGGAUGGUCUAAGUUUAUGACCGAGUGUUUGCCAACAUAUUCCGAUUUGACAAUCGAGUUUCUAAAGUCGUUGCUUGUCAAGUUCAAUGACAGUAAAGCUGGUGGGGUGAUUCGGUUUCACUUGGGAGGCAGAGAGUACAAUUGGAGCUUGAUGCAGGUUGAUCGGGCGUUGGGUUUUUGUCAUACACACUUUUGGCAUAGUAUUACAGUGCAAAACGAUCCCUAUCACGCAAGCAGUGCUAAGGCAACCUUCAAUUCGCAACCCGACACUCCUUUAUGUACAGCGGAAGCUAAGUUUAAGCUAUUACCUGAUGAGCCAUCUGGCCGGAGUCCAAGAACGAAACCGGGGUGCUAUUGUGGUAGGGGGAUCGUGACUGCCAUCGCGAAGAAGUGGUGUAAACCUAGACAUUAUGCCAUUAUUAACGAGAACCCGAAGGUUAAUGAAGCGACACUGGAUCGCAUGGGAGUUCUUUGCCGAGAAGGUACUGUCUAUUACUUCCAAGGUUCAUUAGCCCUUACCAUCUCCACAGGUUACCACGCCAUGGCGUCCGACAAUUUGAAGAUGCUCAUUCACCAUCACAUCGGGUAG